UAAUGAUUGAAUUGAUAUGACCAAUCAGAGGCUUUUCUCAGAUUGAGAUUUUUUUUUUUUUUAUUAUCAUUAUUAAAAAAUCAAAACACGUAUUCAAAAACUAUUAGUUUUUUAUUUGUUUAAAUAUAAAUCAUGGCAUCAUCCCCAGCACCACUAGAAGAAGAGGAGGUGUUUGAAGUAGAAAGAAUUGUCGCUCAUCAAUUUAUAAAAAAAGGAAAGAAAUAUGAUUUACUUUACCUCAUCAAAUGGCUUAAUUAUGAUGAUGCAGACAAUACCUGGGAAAAGGAAAAUAAUGUUUUUGCCAUUGAUUUAAUUAAACAAUAUUGGGAAGCCUUUCCGGAAGAUUCUGAAGAAAAACAAUUGUUCAAAGAAAUUCAACUGAAGAAAAAGAAUCCCAUAAAAUUAGAUUCACCCAAUUCUCAAAAAACAAUAAAAAUUACAGAUGUAUUUACAAAGAAUCAAGAAGAAAAGAAACCUAAUCAAUUAAAUACACCCCUAACUAUUGCUUCAACUUCUUCUUCUCCUGAUCCAUUUACUACUCACCCGCCUGCACCAAAACAACAACAACAAAAAUUGCAACCCAUUCUCAGAGUGUUGCCACCCAAACCUGUUCAAAGUGAUGACGAUAAUAAAGGAAAAACAAAGGAGUUAAAUCAUUCUUCUGCUCAGAAUACAAACGCAGGUAAUGCUGAAAAGAGACAGCCAGUUGUUAUAGCAAAUGAUGCUAUAGAUGAAAUAGACGAUGACAAUAAGAAUAAUAGCAAACAGACGGACGCAAUUACUAUUUCUGAUUCUGAUUAUGUUACAUCUUCAAACAAUUCAGUUCACGAUGAAGAAGAAGUAGAUGAAUUGGCAUUAGAAGAUGAAUCUAUGGAUGAUGAUGAUAAGAUUGAUGAAAUUGAAGAUUCAUCUAUGGAUGAAACAGAAACUAUAGAAGAAGCACCUACGCGUAAACAAACCGUGCAAAAACGUAAAAGACCUGCUUAUUCUGAUUAUUUCCUUGAACAACAUAAAAAGAAAAGAAAGAGAGAAAAUAAGUUGCGUAUUAGUGAGAGUGAUAAUAACGAUGAUAUGUCUUCAACUACCAGUUCAGUUACAUCUAGCAAUGAUCAGUCCAAUGAAAUUGAUAAAAACUGGGAUAAUAACGUCAUUUUUGAUGAAAAAUAUGGGCUUGAUCCACCUAUUGAUUGGAAUACUUUGGCAGAUAAAGUUGAAUAUAUUGGAAAAGAACUUAAAGAAUCGCCUUUAUAUUGUGCAGUAAAAUGGAAAGACAGCAUUCGAUCAUUUCAUCCUUUAAGCUUAGUAAGAGUUAAAAGGCCAGACUUGGUUAUUGAUUAUUUUAUUAGAUUAACUGAAGAUAAAUUUGAUACCGAUUCCAAUUGGAAAUAAUUAUAAUCUUUACUUGUACAUACACACAUAUCAUAUUUCUACUUCCAAUUAAAAUAAAAAAAAAAA